UAGAAGGUAGCGCUGCCCUCGUGACAGAAAUACGUAGAUGACCUUAAGCGAGUCCAGGAGGUUCAAGUCUAGCAUUGCUGUGCGCCCCUCCAGAGUAACUUCAGGGCGAACCGAGUGUGCUGUGCGGUGUUCGUCGAUGGCCGGUUCUCAGACUACCGGGAUCACGGAGAAGCGGGGCCGGUUUGGCCGCAUGAGAGUCCUUCGCUCCGCCGUGUUGCUGGGGCUGUGUGUCUGCGCGCUCAGGUGUGCGGAAGGCACCAAGUUAAGCAACAUCGUCCUCAUUCUGACGGACGACCAGGAUGUGGUUCUCGGAGGGAUGGUGAGAGUCCGCUUUUCUGGACCCCCUGGCCUGAUUCGUGCUCACUCCGAGUUCGGCUGCCUUGCUCCCCAGUUCACGGUGACCCCCCUGUGCUGCCCUAGCCGCAGCAGCGUCCUCUCGGGGAAGUACCCCCACAACCACGGGGUGCGGAACAACUCCCUGAACGGCAACUGCAGCAGCGCGGACUGGCAGAGAACCCAGGAGCCCCAGGCCUUUCCCGUCUACCUGCAGAAGCGCUCCUACCAGACCUUCUUCGCUGGCAAAUACCUGAACCAGUACGGCAAGCCUCAGGCUGGUGGGGUGAGCCACGUGCCCCCAGGCUGGCACCAGUGGCAUGGGUUGGUGGGGAAUUCUCAAUACUAUAACUACACCUUGUCUGUGAAUGGAAAGGAGGAGAAACAUGGGGACCAGUACAAGACUGACUACCUCACCGAUCUCAUUGUGGACAGGUCUCUGCGGUUCCUGGACCAGCGGAGGUAUCCGUUUUUCAUGAUGCUGGCACCCCCUGCCCCACACUCCCCCUGGACCUCUGCACCCCAGUACCAGAACACCUUCGGCAACAUCAAGGCGCCCCGAGAUGGCAGCUUCAACAAACCUGGGGGAAAGGACAAGCACUGGCUCCUGAGGCAGCCACACAACCCCAUGACUAACAGCUCUAUCAAUUUCCUGGACAACGCGUUUCGCAGAAGGUGGCAGACUCUCCUGUCAGUGGAUGACCUGGUGGAAAAGGUAGUCCAGAAACUGGAGGAUCUGAAGCAGCUGAAUGACACCUACAUCUUCUACACCUCCGAUCAUGGCUACCAUACAGGGCAGUUCUCCUUGCCCAUUGACAAGCGGCAGCUGUACGAGUUUGACAUCAGAGUCCCUCUCCUGGUGAGAGGCCCUGGGAUCAAGCCCAAGCAGACCCUGCAGGCACCAGUGCUGAACAUUGACCUGGGCCCUACCUUCCUGGACAUCGCAGGAGUCAACGUGUCCCAGACACCCAUGGAUGGACAGUCCUUCCUCCCCUUCAUGGCCCCCUCUCUGCGAAACGGCUCCGUGCGCCCCUACUUCCUGGUGGAGCACACAGGGGAGGGGCACUCUGAUCAAGACCCUGCCUGCCCUUCUCUUGGCCCGGGGCUAUCUCAAUGCUUCCCAGACUGUGUGUGUGAAGACGCCUUCAAUAACACGUAUGCCUGCGUGAGGACACUGAGUGAUUACAACCUGCAGUACUGCGAGUUUGCAGACAGCGAGUCCUUUGUGGAGGUCUACAACCUGACCUCUGACCCUCACCAACUGGAGAAUGUUGUCAAGAAGGUGGACCCCACCCUCCUGCAGACUAUGAACCAACGUUUGAUCAAGCUACAGUCCUGCUUGGGCGAGUCCUGCAGGGUCUACAAGCAGUAGCUGAGCAGGCCAGAGACUGUGUGGCCUCUCAGUCAGCAAGGAUGUGAAGCACUUUACUGGGUGGAAGGGACUGGAGCCGUCUGCUCUGUACUUCAAUGUGAAACCAAAGAUUUUACUUUUUCAAACUUGUGUUUCCUUUCUUUUGUCCAAAUUAAUCGUUCGUUUUGUUUUAAAAAUCGAGACUUUUCUGAUCGAGUCCUGAGGGAGUGUUAGGGUUUGAGGAGAACAGCACACAGGCCUGUGGGGCUCAGUUUAAUAACACUAAUGAAGAGUGCGGGCCUGUUUUCAAGACAAAGGUGGCUUUAACUAAUCCCUUGCAGUGAAGCAGAAUUGAAAGCCAUGAAUUCACUUUUGUUAUGUGCUGGAGUCUGCUGUUGGUAAAGUGAACGAACUGUAUAAAACUGUAUUCCUCUUUUGGAGACGAAGGGGUCGUCUGUAUUCUGUACAGUCACAAUGGUUUCGCUCAAUACAGGCCUGAAAGGGGCUGCUUGUAUCAGUCAGAUACAAUACAGUGUAAAAACAGGGCUUUUUUUCUACAGUCAGAUCUUUCAGAGAUAGGUGCUCAUCCUUAACCAGGAGCACAGUUGACUCGUUUUGAGCUGUAGCAGGAGCACCCUGAACUCUGCCACAGACUCUUUGUUUCUUAUAAUAAAAAAAAAUAAAAAUAACCACUGUGAGGAAA